CUAAGCAUGCAGACUGCUUCUGCAAACAUUUGUGAAAGAAUGGGUCGCUCUCAGGAGCUCAGUGAAUUCAAGCAUGGUACCGUGAUACAUUGCCACCUCUGCAAUAAGUCCAUCUGUGAAUUCUCCUUGCUAUUAAAUAUUCCUUGGUCAACUGUUAGUGGUAUUAGAACUAAGUGGAGGCAACUGCGAGCAACAGAAACUCAGCCAUGAAGUGCACUAAAGCUCUAAAGCAGCGGAGAUGUUUUCUUUGAAAUGACGAUUCACACUUCUCUGUCUGGCAAUCCAAUGGAGGUGUCUGGGUUUGGCAGUUGCCAGGAGAACAGUACUUGCCUGACUGCAUUAUACCAAGUGAAA